AAACCCUUUCCUCAAAUUUCACUUUUGCAAUUUGUAUUGUGAGUAAUUCAGCGUGUAACACAAACCCCUCAAGAUGAGUAUGAGGCCUGACGACCACCGUAGGAAGUGGGACAAGGAUGAGUUCGAGAAGCUUGCUGCCGAGCGACUGCAGGCCGAGCUCGACGACGAAGAGAAGUCCAAAAAGAAAGUACCACCAGUAAAACGAGAGCUCCUCAAACAGAGAGAAUACAAGGUAGAUCUCGACUCCAAGUUGGGCAAGAGUGUGGUCAUCAAUAAGAACACCCCCACAUCACAAUCCGGAGGCUACUACUGCAAUGUAUGUGACUGUGUUGUCAAAGACUCCAUCAACUUCCUCGACCACAUCAAUGGAAAGAAGCAUCAGAGGAAUCUUGGCAUGUCCAUGAAGAUAGAACGCAGCUCUUUGGACCAGGUAAAAGCCCGCUUCGCCACAAACAAACGCAAGCUAGAGGAGAAGAAGCGUGAAUACGAACUGGACACAAGACUCCGGGAAGCAGCAGAGGAAGAGGCUCGUGUGAAGGAGCUCCGCCGGGAGAAGCGACGAGACAAGAAGCGCAAGAUACAGGAGCCUGAAGAAGAGGAUGAGGCCCCCGCACCCUCAGAACUGGCACAGAUCAUGGGCUUCUCCGGGUUUGGAGGGUCGAAGAAGUGAUGACAUUAAAUAAUAGAAGGACACAUUGCCUAUACUUCACUGAUAUAAGAUGAUAAUAUUAAGAUUAGAUUGUUGGUGGUCCAAUAACUUUUUGGUCAAUGUUUUUUUAUAAAUUAGGUAAUACUGCCUUUUUCUCAUUUAAGGUUUAAAAUGAGAGGUCCUUUUGCAGCAAUAAUUUUAUAAAUUUAUCAUUAUCACUAAGUAAUCCAUGACCACAUUCAAAAGUCCAAUGUUUAACGAGUCCCAAAUACUGUGUUUAAUUAAGAAAGAAGGUAAUUUUAAUGAUUUUAAUGUUACUAGAGUAACUGAAUAAAUUACUAUUUAAGUUUA